UUGGACCCAACCGCACGGUUUUCAAAGUUUGCAAAAAUAUCUGAAUAAUGCCACCACCACACGGAGGACCCGGAGGCCAUGGACAUGGAGGACCGCAUCAUGGCGGACCCCCGCAUCAUGGAGGCCACCAUGGACCGCCACAUCACCAUGGACCGCCCCAUCAUCACCACGGACCUCGUCCCUGCUGCCUUUGCUGCACAAUUUCAUAAGAAUUUAUAAAGGAAUUUAUUAAAGAUUGUAGUUUUAAGAACCCUCACGUAAUAAAUACGAAUGCCCCGAAG